AGUUCUUGAAAAGAUGCAGAAGCUCACUGACCACAAGUGAACACUGGAAAUCCAGGACUGCUCAGGAAUCAGGGCCUCCCUGGAGCUGGAAGACAGAAGGACCAAGUUACACCCUGGAAGAAGCUCUGUGUCUCUGGAGGCUCUUCUGCCGGUCUGUCACCAUGCCCCUCCUCCUCUUGCUGCUCCUGCUGCCAAGCCCUUCACACCCCGCCCCCAUCUGUGAAGUUGGCCACAAGGACAGCCAGAUAGAAGUGAACUGUGAAAAUAAGGGGCUGAAGGCACCGCCUCCAAACCUGCAGGUCAACACCGCCAUCCUCCACCUGGGUGAGAACCCCCUGGGCACUUUCUCCAUGGCAUCCGUGGUGGAUCUGCCCCACCUCACUGAGCUGUUCCUGGGUAAGAGUCAGCUGACCAGCCUGCAGACAGACGCGAAACUGCCGCGGCUGGAGGUCCUGAAUCUAGCGCACAAUGAGCUGAGAAGCCUGCCCAAGCUGGGAUGGGCACUGCCAGCUCUCUCCAUCCUGGAUGUGUCCUUCAACAAGCUGACCUCGCUGUCUUCUGAUGCUCUGCAUGGCCUGAGCCACCUCCAUGAGCUCUAUCUCCGCGGAAACCAGCUGAGGACUCUUCCCCCUGGGCUCCUGGUGCCCACGCCCCGCCUGAAGAAGCUCAACCUGGCUGAAAACGACUUGCAAGAGCUGCCCCCUGAGCUUCUAAAAGGGUUGGAGGAACUUGACACCCUCUAUCUCCAAAACAACAGGCUGCGCACGAUACCAACGGACUUCUUUGGGAUGCUCCUCCUGCCUUAUGCUUUUUUCCAUAACAACUCCUGGUCCUGCGACUGCGGGAUCCUCUAUUUCAGCCGCUGGCUACGGGACAACCCCAGCAAUGUGUAUGUAUGGAAGGAGGAUGUGGAUAUUAAGGCCAUGACCCCCGAUGUGAAGAGCGUUCAAUGUGUCGAUAUGAGUGGCACAUACGUCUACAACUUCUCGGGGGAUGGCUGCUCCAUCCCUGGUGACAGGGACUACCUGGACUACGAUGAAUACGAAGAGGAACACAAGGUACCUGUCAUGAGCACUGUGAUCAGCCCCUCUAACCACGCCAUGCACUGGGACCUGCCCUAUUCAGCACUGCCUACUUCACCAGGCAGUCAAGUGUCCUCCUUGCCUCCAGCUAAGAAACUGACCAUGAUCCCAAUUACUAUAGACUCCAUCACCUCCUCCAAAACUCUAAAAUCCACUACUGAGCCCCCCACAACUCCAACCACCCCAGAAUCUACAACCCUGAACACCCCAGAACCCACAAUCCCAACCACCCCAGAGCCCACUACACUGACCACCCCAGAGCCCACUUCCCCGACCACCCCAGAGCCCACUUCCCCGACCACCCCAGAACCCACAACCCCGACCACCCCAGAGCCCACUUCCCCGACCACCCCAGAGCCCACAACCCCGACCACCCCAGAGCCCACUUCCCCGACCACCCCAGAGCCCACAACCCCGACCACCCCAGAGCCCACUACCCCGACCACCCCAGAGCCCACUACCCCGACCACCCCAGAGCCCACAACCCCGACCAACCCAGAACCCGUAAGUGAGACUUUACAACCAACCAUAUUAACCUCCACAGAAUCCAUUUCACUCCCCACUAUCUUAGAAUCCACCAUAACCAUCAUCUCUGAAUCUGACAACCUCCGGAAGGUCCAGGGAUUGGCUAAUUCCAGAAACAACCCUGUUCUCAGCUCUGACUCUUGCUGUCUGUUCCUGGGCUUCUAUAUCUUGGGUCUCCUCUGGCUCCUGGUUGCCUCUGUGAUCCUCAUCCUGCUGCUGUGCUGGGUCCAGCAGCUGAAGCCAUGGGCCCUGGCCACGGCCACCCACACGGCGCACCUGGAACUGCAGAGGGGAAAGCAGGUGACAGUGCACCGGGCCUGGCUGCUUUUCUUCCAAGGCUUACUUCCCACUUUCCGCUCCAGCCUUUUCCUGUGGGUACGGCCUAAUGGCCGCAUGGGGCCUCUGCAGGUGGGUCGGCGGCCUUCGGCCCUGAGCCUGAGUCGUGGUGGGGAUCUGCUGGGGACAGUGGGUGUUAGGUACUCUGGCCACAGCCUCUGAGGGUGGGUGGUUUGGGGACCCCGAGACAGGGUCUGAUAGACUCUCCUGCUGGGGCCUGAUAGGGGGCGGGUGGGUACGGAGCACAGGGUCAAGGAGGUCUUCAUUACUGUGCCUUUAUCAGGAGUCUCCCCUGCACACAGUCCCAGACCCAGCAAAUCAAGGAGGAGUUGGGGGAGGGGAGGUCACUGAACAGAGCUCCCUAUGCUGCAUGGAUGGUGGGGUUCCCAGACCACUAGGUUAUUACUAUCACUUUGGCGAAGUUUUAGGAAAGAGCAAAUAAUAUUGUAAAGGUGGUUGCCAAGUAUACCUGUUGAGGAAAACUUGGAAAGAGAUGUGUCAACAUGUGGGCCCUGAGUGUCUCUGGAUGGUAUAAAUAGGGGUGGUUUUCUGUUCUUUUCCUCUGUUUAGCAUUUUCUAGUUUUCCACCAUCGUAAUGUUGUUUGUACAAUAAACAUAAUUUUAAAAUGGAA